UCUUUCACUCUCUCUCUCUCUCUCUCCAUCAGCGAGUCUCCAGCCACAGGAGCCAAGAGUUGCCGUUCCACGCGCCGAUGCCAAAACGCACACAAGGAGCCGGUGCCAAAGGGUCAUUUUUUUUUAGUGCAGCGAAAACAAGGUGCUCGCAGGGGAUCUUAAAUUAACACUGACCAGAACGCAGCAUCCCAGCGCAGGAUUUCCCAGCUUUUUUGUGUGUGGUGCUUUUCUUUUUUUGCAGCUAUUGUGGCGCACGCGUCCAGGUGUUUUCUUUUGGACAGCGUGCACACGCGAAACUUGAGCAAUUACCGAGGAAAGCGAGCAAAUUGAUAGAAAUAAACAUUUGAAGAAAAAAAUAAGAGGAGGAGUAAGAGUUCCGUGCACCCGAGAGACACAGCGGACCGACACGACGGUCCGAGCCGACUCCAAGUGCCGUUCACCGGGCGAUGCCAGAGUAAAUGCCGGGGCGAUGUCCCGCCGCAAGCAGGUGAACCCGCAGCACUUGUCGUUGAGCCACCGGGAGACGGCACCAGCCGACGUCAAUGACACAGCGGUGAGAUCUCCAUCCCCGGCCCCCGCCCUGCGGGGCCCCGAAGAGCACGACCUGCUGACGUGCGGCCAGUGCCAGACCAACUUCCCUCUGGGCGACAUCUUGGUCUUCAUCGAGCACAAGCGCCGCCUAUGCCGCGGCCCUCCGCAGGGGGUGCCGGGCUCCUUCUCCGUCAAGCCCGGAGAGGCCGGCGGCGCCGCCAGCAUCCCCAUUUCCCCCCGGGGCCACGCCCUGGGGAUGGGGAGAGGGGCUCCGAUGCUGCCCGUGGAGGUGGGCGUGCAAGCGACGCCCGGUAGCGACGAGGACGUCCACAGGAGGCUGACUCCAGCUAAGGGGAUCUGUCCUAAACAGGAGAAAGGAGACAAAGACGAGCCAUCCAGCUACAUCUGCACCAGCUGUAAGCAGACCUUCACCAGCGCCUGGUUCCUCCUCCAGCACGCCCAGCACACUCAUGGAAUCCGCAUCUACCUGGACAACCAUUUGGCCAACUGCUCGCUCACCCCUCGCAUGGCGCUACCGCCCCCGCCGGGUGCCGACGCCCUGCCCCGCUCACCGCUGCCCACCUUCCUGGGCGACGCCAACAACCCCUUCCACCUCUUGCGAAUGGCUGCGCCCUUGCUCAGGGAACACCCUCCGCCACCGGGCUUCAUGGAGACCCGGCUGCCGGCAACCCCUCCCUUUGUGAGCCCGCCGCCCCCUCCCAGGCCCCCGCUAGAGCGGCUGGGCCCGGAGGAGAUGGGGCUGCUCUCCCAGCACCCCAGUGCCUUCGAGAGAGUAAUGCGCCUGACACCCAUGGAGCCCCCAUCUAUGGACUUCUCCCGGCGUCUGAGGGAGCUGGCUGGCAACACCAACAACAACGGAGGGCCAACGCCACCCUUGUCGCCCAACCGCGUGCCACCCAUGCACCGCUUGCUAAGUCCCACGCUCUUCCAGCCGGGUUCCAAGCCGCCGGCCUUUCUCACCUAUGCCCCGCAGCAGCCCACCCCCCAGGGUGCACACGGUUCCUCCAGCCCCCCUGACACCCAAAGUCAGAACCAGUCGGCAGGGAAAUCAAAAUCCUGCGAAUUCUGCGGGAAGAUCUUCAAAUUCCAGAGCAACCUAAUCGUGCACCGCCGCAGCCACACCGGAGAGAGGCCGUACAAGUGCCACCUGUGUGACCACGCCUGCUCCCAGGCCAGCAAGCUCAAGAGGCACAUGAAAACCCACAUGCACAACAAGUCCGGCUCCAUGGGCGGCUCCCCUGAGGCAGAAAACCGAGAAGACGGAGGAGAGGGGGAAGACAAGAUUCGCGAAGCUGACGGAAGAGUGUUGGGCAUGGACAAUGAGGAGGAGGAAGAAGAGGAGGAGGAGGAAGAGGAGGAAGAAGAAGAGGAGGAAGAGCUAAGGAAUGGAAGUCGCCCAGAUUCCAACCUAAGCGAGGAUUCCCAAGAGUUUAACUCCAACCGGGAGAACGGGCCGAGGCAGUCUCCCAAGGAGAAGCACCUGAGUGCCGAGCGAGUAGGUGAAAGCGGCGGGGUAAGCAUCAUGCACCCGUACAACCAUCUUGACAAUCAUCUCAGACUGAACCCCAACAAGAGGAACCUCGAGAGGCAGCCCAACGGAGACAGCGCCAACGGGGGCGAACCGGAUCGAGAGCGGCAGAGCGACAGGGAGCAGGGCAGGGACCCUGACGAGCCGGACACCAGGCCCGUGAUGAACGGCAGGGUUAGCGUAUCAGAGGCGGAAUCCUUCCCGGGGCUCUUCCAGCGUCGACCCACGCCCAUCACCAGCCCCAAUCCGUCCAACAACAACAAGAGGAUCAAGAUUGAGCGGGAUCAGCUGGAGCUCCAGCCCACUCUCCCGCUCAUCUCGCCGGAAAACGUCUACUCCCAGCUCUUGGCCGGGUAUGCCGCCUCGCGCCACUUCAUCCGGGAGCCAUUCCUGGGCUUCACGGACUCACGCCAGUCCCCCUUCGCCACCUCCUCGGAGCACUCCUCCUCUGAAACGGGUAGCCUGCGCUUCUCCACGCCGCCGGGGGAACUGAUGGAGGGCGGCAGCGCCUCGGGCCGGAGCGGCAGCAGCACGCCGCACCUCUUGCGAGGACCCGGACCCGGCCGACCGCCCAGCUCCAAGGAUCGGCGCAACGACACGUGCGAAUACUGCGGCAAAGUGUUCAAGAACUGCAGCAACCUGACGGUGCACCGACGCAGCCACACGGGCGAGAGGCCCUACAAGUGUGACCUGUGCAGCUACGCCUGCGCCCAGAGCUCCAAGCUGACACGCCACAUGAAGACGCACGGCCAGUUCGGCAAGGAGGUAUACCGCUGCGACAUCUGCCACAUGCCCUUCAGCGUCUAUAGCACGCUGGAGAAACACAUGAAGAAGUGGCACGGCGAACACUUGAUGGCCAGCGAGGUCAAACUGGAGCAAGCCGAGCGAAGCUAAGCGUCACACACACAUAAACGUACAUGUACGCGUACUCAUCUUCCCUAUGAUCUGCAAAUAUUGAAUGUAGGAAUGGAAUUUUGUGGUUGUUAGGAAAGAUGUUUCACCUGCGGUCUAAAAGGCUUCUAUGAGUCAAUAUUUUAGGGGUGGAGUUAUUGCCUUUGGCUCCUCCUACUUCAUGUUUUUAGCUAGUAGGGAGUAGUUUUUACAGUUUUAACAGUGUUCUGCUUGUCUGAAAACUACGGUGGCAGGGAAGUGUCAGGGAGUCUGCAAAUUCCAAAUGCAAAAGAAAAAAACACAUCAACUGCCAUAAUACGAACACAAAAAUACAACAACAGAAGCAGACUUACAACAUUAGACACAGUUUAGUAGUUAUCGCUUUGUCAUCUUUGCUCUAGGCUUUUCAGAAGUAGUAGAGAUGGUUAUAUAACGUUAGCCGUUAAUUCAUGGAAUAGAGAUCGUUGUAUGAUGUUAGCUGCUAACGUUAGCCUGUGAGAUUCAAGUUUGUGCUUACUUCCCGUGUAAAUCUGAUUUACAGCUCACAACAGCUGUAAAUCAGACUUACAACAAAAGUAACCACACACAUCUGACUAGCUAAUGUUAGCGGCUAACUAAUACAUCAUACUAGAUUAGGGUGACCAUGUUUUAAUUUCCACAAAAGAGGACACUCGGCCCGGCCUCGAGAUACUUUAAUUUUACUCGAAGAUUACUCAAAGAUGCCUAUAUCACCCACUUUUUUUUUCUCAACUGGUUACUCAACAGGCUUUAUUCUUCCCCAAAAAAUAUUCAAACAAUUUAAAAAACGAAUAAUGGCGAAAAAAAUAUAUAUAUAAUGCAGACCCAUGGAAAUGUAGUCCAGUCAAUACACACACACAGCAGGCUAUGUACGCAAACAAUAACCGAAAUAAACUGACAAGCUAUUCAACCAGCAUGUUUCCAAACGCAGCAGUUCAAAACUACAUCGCCCAUAAUGCCUAGCGCGGCUGACUUUACUGAUUGCUACCCUAUUAGCGAGUACGGGAGCCGAGGCUAAAUCAGACUUUGCUAUAAUAGUUUACAAUCAUCGGCAGCGCAACGAUGCGACACCAAAUGGGAUUUUACAGAUUUCACCAGUACAAAUCUCCGACAGAAGUCAGCACUUGCCAUUAUAUACGUAUUUAUCGUAAAAAAAAAAAAAAAAACCAUAAGAAACACAGCUAUUUAAAAUAUAAUACUAGCAUUCAACCAAAUAAAGUAACGCAGAACAAUUACAAGACACAUACAAUAUACUGCAUCUCUGUGUACACAUAUAAACCUAUAUACAACAGAAGACACAUGGUCGACAUUAACAGGAGAUAAACUUACAGAAUGGUGUAUGGAGCCACGUCUUUCAUAACUCCUGAUUGAACUCCUUAAUGUAGUCUAAACUCUCGCCAAACCGUCAGUAGAUUGUGGUAAUUCCUCAUGAAACAAAGGGUAAACUGCCAACAAAAAUGAAGAUCUACUCCUUCUCCUGCCCCUACUAGUAGGAGCCACGUCAACGCAGGCAGGCGCUGCCCCCUAAUGGCCGGAGGGAUUCUCUUCAAAUUGGUCCCGUGAAAAAUCAUAAAAAUCGGACAUUUUCUCAAAUUUAUGAAGCCCGGCCGGACGCUCCGGAGGGCACGUAAUAAGAGGCCUUGUCCGGGCAAAACAGGACGUUUGGUUACCCUAAGAUAGCCACUAAACAUUUUCUACAGUUGCAAGUCUGCUUCCUUUGCUGUCAUUUUGCAUUCGUGUUUAGCAGUUCAUCUGUUUUUUGUUGUUGUACUUUUGCAAAGCGUUUGGAAUUUGCAAACUGGUCGAAAUUGCUAAUGAAGUCAAAAAAUUUAAGUCAAUUGCUGCCAUUGACGAAGGGAGACAUUUUCUAAAUGGUUCAUGAACAAACUCUCGCCUUUGAAACUUUCACUUCAAGUUGAACUUUUUUAAUGCCAUUGACAGCGAUAGAUGUCCAAUCUGUCUCCCAGUCAACACGGAUUGGAUGUCUAUUACCAUCAAUGGCUCAGAAAGUUUUCUUUUUAGGGUUGAAAGAUUAAACGCAACCAUCAUAUACAGUGGUUUAUUUCCCGUAUUGGGUAGUAAUUGAGUUUAUACUCUUUUGUUUCAGACGCAUUUUGGAUAUUUACACACGCCGAGCAAACUGGCCCAGUGUGGAGUCUCCACACCUAAAAUUUAGAACUCAAGAAGCCUUUUGGAUUAGCAGUGAAAAGUCUUGGACAACCGAGAAGAAUCCAAUUUCCUCGAUUCAACCGUUGUGGAUUACCUUGACCCGGAUGACUGAGAAUCUACACAGACAUCUUUUCCUAUGACUACUUUGAACAAGGGGCAUGGCUGGAUAAUCUCUCUUUACGUAAAAAAAAAACAAGACUGAUUGGUGUUUCCCCCUCCUUUUUUUUUUUUUUUUUUUUUUUAAAUGUCCCCCGUCGCCUGAGAAUAUUAAAACUUUUAACCUUGUCCGGAGCCGUCGGAGGAUUUUAGGAAUUCCAUGGAGCCUUUCUACUGUGCAAUAAUUUCUGUAUUUAUUGGAUAUUUUUUUUGGUUGUUUUUUAUUUGGUAUUAUUUGGCAUGUGCAGAUACAUUUUGUGGGUUUUAUUUUGAAAUGUGCUCAAAUUUGUUAUUUUUUUUUAUUAUUCCUAAAAAUAAUUGGAAAGAUGUCGCCCUUAGCAACGACGAUAAUAAUCCAGUUUUGUCCUCUAAGGAAGCUUAUUAUCACGUGAGUGAGUAAAUGAUGUUUUCUAUAUGCUAAGUGCAGCAGCGGACUACAAUCCAGCCCCCCUCCUUUCCAGCACUGCUCAAUGUCACCCUGACAAUAAUUGAUUUUUAAAAAAAAAUUAAUUUAUAGAGGGAAAAUAUGCGCUUAAACGCAAAUACAGUUGCUGUAUUUCUGUCGGUCAGGACGUAAAACCAACAAAAAAAAACAAAAAAACGGUUGCACUUAAUGCAUUCGCCCAUGGAGGAUUGAACCACCAUAUUUAAUAUGUCCACUUGUUAAGUUAAGACUACUUGUGAUUCAUGUUGAGAGGGGAAAAAAAGUCCCAUUUAUGUAAAUAUAUUACUUUUUUGUUAGUUUUUAUUUUCUUUUUUAAAUAUAUGCGCCCUGACUGUUUUCCGAAAGAGGCGGCCUAAAAACAAUCAAGAAGACCAGCUGCUUGCGUCGUCAUCCUGUGUGUGAAUGCGUGUGUGUGUUAAUGUGCAUUAUUGCCUCUGGCUCCUCCCACAUAGUCCCUCCUUAACCCUCCUGUUCCGUCGAUGGGUCAAAUUGACCUGUUUUAAAUUUUAAUAAUUUUUAUUUAAAGUGAAAUUGCUAUUUGGGAUGUUUUUUUCAUUUGGAUGUUUAAGGUCAAAUUGAUUUUUUUUUUAGAUAGGGUUCACGUCGCAUCAGCGCCCCCCUUCUUUCUGGUGUUCGAGUGGUGUAAUUACAGUUUAAAUCUAUCGACUUUUAUUGAACGUGUUUCUUUAGAGUUGUCUGAUAAUGAGAUUUUUAACCGAUAACAGAUAUCCCGAUAUUGUCCAACUCCCAAAAUCCGAUACCGAUAUAUUUUGUCGUUGACUUAACAUAUUACGGCUAAUUGUAGUGUGAUGCCCCAAAGUCACAAAUGUCUCAUUGAACAGCAACUGGUAGUACACCUUGCAAGCAAUGAAAUAAUGUAACCACAUUCACCACAAAUGCAAACAAAGCAAAAUCUAGACAUCUCCAAUAUACGUCACAACGCUCAUGAAUAUAAAACAAAGGAAGAAUAUAACCAGAGGUGGGUAGAGUAGCCAAAUAUUUGACUCAUGUAAGAGUAGUGUCGCUUCAAAUUAAAAUACUCAUGUAAAAGUUAAAGUACUCUUCCAAAAAUCUAUUUAAGUACAAGUAAAAAAGUAUUCAUUGAAAAGAAUACUCAAGAAAUGAGUAACAUGUGAGUAACUGCUUACAUUGUCAGAUUUUUUUUAAUGUUUUUUUUUUCUCAGCAAAACUUCAUCUAUAUGAAAUGUUAUUAUUGUACUGUAGUAUCACUGAUUACAUGACCAUAUUAGGCUAAAAAGAGUCAUCGAAUUCAGACCAGAAAAUAAAAACUAUGAAACUACCUGUCCAAAGAGCAUGAGUGUCCUCUAGUUGAGAAAAAAACAAUGUUACCUCCGAUUGGUAUAAUGGAGUCAUGUGGUUAUUGUUUCGAAGUCUGAUUGGUGAAACUGAGAAAUGUCUGGCAAAAAUAAUAUGUAGAAUAAAGAUGAAAAAUGACUCUAGAGUAGUCCAAAAUUUGUGGAGUAAGAGUAGUGUUUCUUUACUAAUCUACUGAAGUAAAAAGUA